UGGAAUCCACGGAAACAAGGGAUUGGAGAUAGGAGCAAGCGAGGUUGCGGGAGGAUGGAGAAGUACUUCGGAAAUGCUUAUCGAGGCGACCCGGGCGUGCCGCAUGCCGAAGCGGAAAGAUUCGUCAACAUUUGGAUCGGCUCUGCUGCAUUCAGUGUCAUUACCUAUUUUAAUCCAUAUAGUAUAUGGCAACUCUCGAAUCAGUUCAAUUGGCACGAUAAAGCGAUGCUAUUUGAGCAGUAUCACUGGAAACAAGCGAGGAAAAAGAACGAGCCCUAUAAAUUUAUGUGGAACCAGUACAUGAACAAGAGACUGCGAAAGUCGUACUACUUCAAUUGGCCUCUUUAUUUCCCUUAGGUCAUUUUUAUGUUUUCCUGUUGGCUACAUAAUUGCUGACAUUGUAUUGUGAUCUGUUUGGUUGCUAUACUGGAGAACGAUGAUUCUUCUGUUGAAGGAUCAAACGUAUUAUGCUCUCUUGUUCUGAAUAUGGAAUAUGGCGUCGACUAUUAUGUCUUUCCUGGUCUUUUUAAAGCCGUAGCGUCUGGGGGACCGGUUUCUCUUUGCCUGUUGGUGCUGCUGUUUUGCCGGCACAUUUGGAUGCUUCAAAUUUAACAUGGAUGUUCCAGAUUUUAUUUCUACUUUAUGUUUGUUAAAUACUUUUUGAUGAUUGACGUUUA